AUGCGAACACGCUCGACUGCUCCCGCGGAGCAGCCAGACCCCGAACAGCGUCCGCAACUCCCUCCCUCCACGAAGCCCUGCAAAACAUUCAUCCUGCCAUCCGCCGCGACAGAUGACGCCCGAUUAAUCCAAUUGCCGAACCCACGCACCGGAGAACUCGCGCGCUACUUCUUCUGCCCCAAGCUGGGCGUGUACGAGUUUACCGUCGUAAAAGCUCCAUCGCAUGACCCACGCAGUGUCCUCUUCACGCAGAAAUCCGAAGAAGGGGCUCUCAAGGGCAGCAUCUCCAAAGCCGCGGAGCUGCUCGUCGCGACCCCAAUCGACAUCAUGUUUUUCUUGAUCCCGCUUUUAUGUCCAUCGUCAUCAACCCAGUCCAAGGGGCUAUUCCAGCCUCUAGACGACAUCAUCGACUCGCAGGACGAGUUCCCCGGACACCUCCAGCACGUCCUUUACAACGAGACCUUCCGAGGCGCGCUGCAGGCGCGCGCUGAAGCGAUAUGCGACUCCGUGGAGGCAGGAGACGAGAAGAUGUUGCGUUUCAGCGAGACAAAGUUGCUCAAGGAACUUCUCACCAAGGCGGACCGCAUGGUAGCGCAGGGCCUUCCCGCAAGCCUGGAGGAACGCUUCAUCAAACAAGCGCUGGCGACCCCCUUGCUCUCGGUCAAGCGGGAGGACGUAGGCCCCAAUGGCUCGUCGGAAGCGACAGACGGCGAGGCCGAGUUGCAGGAGGGCAAGGACAGCGCGUCAGCGACGAACACCACUUCUACGCCAUCGGUCUCCACGCCGUCCGGGGAAUCAGCAUCGACUCCUGCUACCGAAUCGCCGACUGAGGAAUCUGCGAUUCUUGAUAACAUCACACAUCUACUGCGAGUGUCUACCGCGCUUACCUUCAUGAAAGAGUCCUACAUUGCCCAGGACCUGGGUGCUCGACUGGAUGAGCUUCUCGCUAGCGCAGACAGCCCGCUCGAUUUCAAACCGCUGAAGGACCGUCUCGAGCAUCUUGCGAAACUACGUGCGGAAGCACUGGCCUCCCGAUCCCUGGGCGACUUCAGCCGCAAGCGAAACCUGGAAGAUGAGGACGCGGCGGAGUCUCGGGCCGAGAAGAAACGACGCAAGGAGGCAGAAGAGAAGAAGAAGAAGGCGGAACAGUCUCGCGGCGUACGGGAAUUGAAAAAGGUCGACACGAGUGGAAUGAAGAAGAUGAGUGAUUUCUUCGGGAAGGCUGCCGCCAAAAAGAAGUCCUAG